AAUAUUAAAGCCUCGGAAGUUGAAGCUCUCUUCUCCGAUCCAAUCCUUUCACUGCUAAAUGGAGGACGCUUUUGCUAGAUCUGUCACUGAGGUAUUGGAUUUCUUUGGCGUGGAACCGACCAAAGGCCUUAACGAUGCUCAGGUUUCGCAAAAUGCUAGGCUUUACGGUAAAAACGUGCUGCCAGAGGAGAGAAGGGCACCAUUUUGGAAAUUGGUCUUGAAACAAUUUGAUGAUUUACUUGUUAAGAUCCUGAUAGCCGCAGCACUCAUUUCAUUCAUUUUGGCUUUGGUUAAUGGGGAAACAGGGUUAACUGCAUUUCUUGAGCCUUCUGUUAUUCUACUGAUAUUAGCUGCAAAUGCUGCUGUAGGAGUAAUUACAGAAACAAAUGCUGAAAAGGCCCUUGAGGAGCUACGUGCAUAUCAAGCUGAUGUUGCAACUGUACUGCGAAAUGGUUGUUUCUCCAUACUUCCAGCGACAGAGCUUGUUCCAGGGGAUAUAGUGGAAGUUGCUGUGGGAUGCAAAGUUCCAGCGGAUAUGAGAAUGAUUGAGAUGCUAAGUAAUGAAUUACGUGUUGAUCAGGCAAUUCUUACAGGUGAGAGUUGGUCUGUGGAGAAAGAGCUCGAGUCCACAAUAGCAACAAAUGCUGUGUAUCAAGACAAGACCAAUAUUCUAUUCUCGGGUACAAUAGUGGUUGCUGGCAGGGCUAGAGCUGUUGUAGUUGGAGUCGGGGCUCACACUGCCAUGGGUAGCAUACGUGAUUCAAUGCUCCAAACAGAAGAUGAAGCGACACCACUGAAGAAAAAGCUGGAUGAGUUUGGUACUUUUCUGGCCAAGGUUAUUGCUGGAAUCUGUGUAUUGGUCUGGAUCGUAAACAUUGGUCACUUUCGCGAUCCUUCUCAUGGAGGGUUCAUGCGUGGUGCUAUUCAUUAUUUCAAGAUUGCAGUUGCCCUUGCUGUUGCAGCAAUCCCUGAAGGACUUCCAGCUGUCGUUACAACGUGUUUGGCUCUCGGGACCAAGCGGAUGGCUCGGUUGAAUGCCAUUGUUCGGUCUUUGCCAUCUGUCGAGACCUUAGGUUGCACCACAGUAAUUUGCAGUGACAAAACUGGGACUCUGACCACCAAUAUGAUGUCUGUUUCAAAGGUUUGUGUGGUUCAUUCAGUACAACGUGGCCCUCUGAUUGCUGAAUAUAACGUCAGUGGGACAACGUAUGCACCGGAAGGCAUUAUCUUUGACAGUACCGGGACACAGCUCGACUUUCCAGCACAGUUGCCUUGUCUAAUUCACAUAUCAAUGUGUUCAGCUCUUUGUAAUGAGUCUAUUCUACAAUAUAAUCCGGACAAAGGAAAUUAUGAAAAAAUUGGCGAGUCAACUGAAGUGGCUCUCCGUGUACUUGCUGAAAAGGUUGGCCUUCCGGGCUUUGAUUCUAUGCCUUCUUCACUGAAUAUGCUUAGCAAACACGAGCGUGCAUCUUACUGUAAUCACUAUUGGGAGGAUCAGUUCAGAAAGGUUUCUAUAGCAGACUUCACUCGUGACCGGAAAAUGAUGAGUGUCCUAUGCAGCCGAAAUCAUCUUCAGAUAAUGUUUUCAAAAGGUGCUCCAGAGAGCAUCAUUUCUAGGUGCACAAAUGUUUUAUGUAAUGACAAUGGUUCCACGGUUCCACUUACUGCCAGUACCCGGGCGGAGCUGGAAUUGAGGUUGCAGAGUUUUGCUGGAAAAGAAACAUUAAGAUGCUUGGCGCUGGCCUUGAAGCAGAUGCCCGUUGGUCAACAGACAAUCUCCUACGAUGAUGAGAGGGACCUGACAUUCAUUGGGUUGGUUGGAAUGCUUGAUCCACCAAGGGAAGAAGUGAGAAGUGCUAUGCUUUCAUGUAUGACUGCUGGCAUACGAGUCAUAGUUGUAACAGGCGAUAACAAGUCUACAGCUGAAUCACUUUGCCGCAAGAUAGGUGCUUUUGAUGACUUGGUAGAUCUUGCUGGACGCUCUUAUACUGCUUCUGAGUUUGAAGAAUUACCUGCAUUGCAACAAACAUUGGCAUUGCAGCGUAUGGUUCUCUUUACCAGGGUUGAACCUUCUCACAAGAAAAUGCUGGUUGAGGCCUUACAGCACCAGAAUGAAGUGGUUGCGAUGACGGGUGACGGUGUCAAUGACGCACCUGCACUAAAGAAGGCGGAUAUUGGAAUUGCCAUGGGUUCUGGAACCGCGGUGGCGAAGAGUGCUUCAGAUAUGGUUUUGGCAGAUGACAAUUUUGCUACCAUUGUAGCGGCUGUUGCUGAGGGGAGGGCUAUAUAUAAUAACACUAAGCAGUUCAUCAGAUACAUGAUUUCUUCCAACAUUGGUGAAGUAGUUUGUAUUUUUGUAGCAGCUGUACUUGGAAUACCUGAUACUCUUGCUCCUGUCCAACUGCUAUGGGUUAACUUAGUUACUGAUGGCUUGCCGGCCACUGCUAUUGGUUUUAAUAAGCUAGAUUCUGAUGUAAUGAAGGCUAAACCGCGUAAGGUGCACGAGGCAGUAGUUACUGGAUGGCUGUUCUUCCGUUAUUUAGUAAUUGGAGCUUAUGUUGGCCUUGCCACGAUUGCGGGAUUUAUAUGGUGGUUUGUGUAUGCUGAUAGCGGUCCUAGACUUCCUUAUAGUGAGCUGAUGAACUUUGACUCAUGCUCAAUAAGGGAGACAACCUACCCAUGCAGUAUUUUUGAUGAUAGGCAUCCAUCAACUGUGUCCAUGACCGUGCUUGUCGUUGUUGAAAUGUUUAAUGCUCUGAAUAAUCUUAGUGAAAACCAAUCUCUUCUUGUUGUCCGUCCCUGGAGUAAUAUGUGGCUUCUUGCUUCAAUCAUCCUUACUAUGCUCCUUCACAUACUAAUUCUGUAUGUGCAUCCGCUCUCUGUUCUUUUCUCUGUGACACCGUUAUCGUUGUCUGAGUGGGCGGUUGUCCUUUAUCUUUCAUUUCCGGUCAUAAUCAUUGAUGAGGUGCUAAAGUUCUUCUCAAGAAAUUCAAGUGGUGUGAGAUUCAAUUUCCGAUUCAGAAGGCCUGAUUUACUUCCAAAAAAGGAUUUGCAUGACAAGUAAAAGAUGGAGUUAUCAUGUCACCCAAAAUUUUGCUCACAUAUCUACACCCAAAAAUUACAGAACUCUUCCACAGGUACGAGGAUGGGUGCAUUCAUUAUGCUUUGUGUCUAUACUGACGCACAUCACCAAGAUAUAGUUGGUUCUGCAUUGGUUCCUUGUAUGCCUAUCAAAAUAAGAAAAAGGAAAUAUUUUCCCAAAAAAUGUCCCAAACAAAUAGCAAAAGAAAAUUCUAGCUCAUCAAUUUCCGGGCUUGUACACAAACUUUUUGUUGUUAAUUGGACAUGCUUUCGUUCAUGAUGAGUUCCACCAUGCACGAAAAUUUUCAGGCCAGACGCGUCAUCUGUCUCUUUUUCCCUUGUUAUUUUUCCUUUCCUUAGAAGUAGGUGACCUUUCUCCUG